AUGUCGGCGGCGCAGCCGCUGCUCUCCGCCGCCGUGCGGCAUCUCUCGCGCUCCGCGUACGGUGUCGCCGUCACCCCGGCGCGGGGGUUCCAGGUGUUCCGCAUCGACGGGUACUCGUGGGCCAAGACGCUCGCCGCCGGCGAGCGCAUCACCUCGGGGCACUUCAUCGUCGGCGGCCGCUACUGGCUGAUCGACUACUACCCCAACGGCACCGACAGCGCCAGGGACACCGACUCCGGCUCCAUCUCCCUCUACCUCCGCCUCGCCGGCGGCGCCGGCUACGAGAAGGAGCGCGUGCGGGCGCAGUACAAGUUCAGCCUCCUCGACCCCUCCGGCUUCGCCGCGUACGAGAUCCCGCCCGAGACGAGCAUCUUCACGUACCCCGGCCGCCAAUACGGCCACCACGGCGACGAGGUGACGGGGGACAUCGGCGUCGGCCUCGCCAACUUCGUCACCAAGGAGGAGCUGGAGCGGCGGAGCGAGACCCUGCUCAAGGACGACUGCCUCGCCAUCCGCUGCGACGUCGGCGUCACGGAGCUCGGCGUCCUCGCCGUCGCGCCCAAGGAGAGCCACAAGACCAUGCAGCAGGACGACGGCGACGACUCCGACUGGGAGGGCGGAAACCGCGAGAGCAACAGGCGUCGCCGGCAGCCGCCCCUGGACGACAGGGAAUACAUCCGCCGGAGCCUCGCCAAAAACCGCCGCGCGUCAAUUAUCUAG